AUGCCGACUCGCGAGGAAAUCACUUACUUCGGUGCCGGCCCGGCCCUCCUUCCCACCGACGUUCUCGAGACCGCAGCCCAGGCCCUCAUCGAUUACAAGGGCACCGGCCUCGGCAUUGCCGAGCACUCUCACCGCAGCGAGCUCGCGACCAACAUCAUCAACGAGGCCAAGGCCGACCUGGCCACGUACCUCGAUAUCCCCACCGACGAGUAUGAGAUUCUCUUCAUGCAGGGCGGCGGCUCUGGCGAGUUCUCUGCCACCAUCUACAACCUCGUUGGUGUCUGGGUCACCCGCCAGAAGCAAGCGCUGCUGAAGGAGUGGGGUGUUGCCGACGACAAGGACGCCGCGGUCCACGAGAAGCUCGUGGCCGAGCUUCGCAAGCGAGUCGAGGAGAAGCUGAAGCUCGACUACAUUAUCACAGGUGGUUGGAGCCAGAAGGCCCAUGGUGAGGCCGUCCGACUUUUGGGGCCUGACAAUGUCAACGUUGUGGCCGACGCCCGCAAGAUCAACGAUGGCAAGUUUGGCAAGAUCCCUGACGAGAAGGACUGGAAGCUCUCCAAGGAUGCCGCCAUGGUCUACUACUGUGACAAUGAAACGGUCGACGGUGUCGAGUUCCCCCAAUUCCCUGCCUCGCUGGCCCCUACGGCUGACGGCGAGGGCCCCAUUGUGAUUGCCGACAUGAGCUCCAACAUCCUGUCGAGACGGAUUCCCGUGAGGAAUUUCUCUGCUAUCUUCUUCGGUGCUCAGAAGAACCUUGGUUGCACUGGUGUCACCGUUUGCGCCAUCAAGAAGUCUCUGCUGCCGCCCACAACCCCUCAGCCCGACGCCGCUCUGCUGCGCAAGCUCGGCCUGCCGAUCGGUCCUAUUGUUCUCUCAUAUGAGAUUAUUGCCAAAAACAACAGUCUCUACAACACGCUCAGCAUCUUCGACGUUUACAUCGCCGGCCAAGUCCUGAAGAAGCUCCUCGCUACGUUCCCUGACAAGGUCGAUGGCCAACAGGCGAUCGCUGAGAAGAAGGCGGCACUCAUCUACGGUGCGCUUGAGGCGUAUCCUGACGUCUACAAGAUUGUGCCCGACGCCUCGGUCCGUUCGCGCAUGAACAUCUGCUUCCGCGUGGCACGCGGCGGCGACAUUGAUGCCGCGGAGAAGGCCUUCCUUAAGGAGUCCACGGCUGAGGGCCUCACCGGACUCAAGGGGCACCGCAGCGUCGGAGGCAUUCGCGCAAGCAACUACAACUCGAUUCCCCUGGAAGGUGCGGAGAAGCUGGCCGCGUUUGUCAAGAAGUUUGCCGAGGCAAAGUGA